AUGUCUGAAGUACAGGGAACAGUGGAGUUUUCGGUGGAGCUGCACAAGUUUCAUAAUGUGGAUCUGUUCCAAAGAGGGUUUUACCAGGUGCGCGCCGGGUUAAAAGUGUCACCGCGGGUGCCGCACAGACUGAUAGCAACAACACAAAACAAUACAGAAGAAUGCAGCUUCAGCUCCCCGGGGGUCUACGAUGGCUCUGUGUACAGCCGAAUCGUGCAGAUCCUCUACAGGAACGAGGAGAUCACCGUCAACGACUGCAUGGUCUUCAGAGUGCACCUGCUGCUGGACGGAGACAGAGUGGAGGAGGCUCUGAGCGAGGUGGACUUUCAGUUGAAGCUGGAUCUCCAUUUCACCGAUAAUGAACAACAGUUAGCAGAAAUAGCGAGCGUGCCUCUGAUCAGCUCCCGCACCCUCAGCCUGCACUUCCAUCCUCGCAGAGGCCUCCACCACCACGUCCCCGUCAUGUUCGACUACUUCCACCUCUCUGUCAUCUCCGUCUCCAUCCACGCUUCACUGGUGGCCUUACAUCAACCGCUAAUCAGCUUUGCAAGGACAGGGAAGAGCUCCUGGCUGGGGAAGGGCUCACCGGAGAGCACAGGAGAUGCAUCAGCUUUAGAAAACCUGGUGUUUGGAGCUGGGUACUGCAAACCUGUCAUCUCUGAGGGGAGCUUUUAUGUGGCGAGUGAGAGCUGUGCACAGAGGGCUCACACGUGGCACCGUAGACUCUGCCGCCUCCUGCUGGCCGCUCACAGGGGACUGCACUCGUAUCACACAGCGCUCAUGAAGGAGGUCCCCCAGCUCCAGCAGACGCCGCUAGAGCCAGAACCUUUGCCUGUUGAUGAAACUUUAAACCAGCUCACAAUAGAACUACAGUUGCAGGAGGGCCAUGAGAAGGUGGCCGAGCAGAUCAGCAGAGACGUGAGCCAUCUGUGCUCUGAGCUCACUGCUCUGUGGAGCCACUUCCUGGAGGCGGUGCUUGUGAACCCACACAUUCUGUCCUACCUGGCCCAGGAGCAUCACACGCUCAGGGUGAGAAGAUUUUCUGAAGCAUAUUUCUUCACUGAACAUCCCAAAGAAUUAUCACUGACAUUUCAAGAAGAACUAAUCAGCAGACACGGACAGAUCGCUGCAGAGGUGCGCAGCUCCGAGUACCUGACCAAGAUGCCUCCUUUACCCGUCGAGUGCCUGGACAUCGAUGGAGACUGGAACAGCCUGCCCAUCAUCUUUGAGGACAGAUAUGUGGAGUUGCCAAAGUCCCAUCCGGCUGACAUCUUUGAAGACAACCGCGGAGAUAGGCCACCGGGACUGGGCCAGGACCCAGCAGACAGUGAAGAAAGCAUGGAUCUGCCCGCCUACGUGUCCCUGAUGGCUGAGCAGAGCCAAACUGGAAACAACCACCUCAAUUUUACUAGCCAUGUUACUGAAGCUUCACAUACAGAAAAAGUAGAAACCGAAAAUAGCAUUGAAGAGUUGAAAGAAAACAGUAGUAGCAACCUUGUGUCCAAAAGUAUGAAUUCCCUUCAAAGCAGAGCAAAUGACGAAGAAUCCGAUAUUGCUAUGCCUUUACACCAAUCUAUAGACAAUGAUUCAGAAGAUGUCCCACUAUUAACUAUACAAACUCCUCAUUCCACUACCCCAGAUUUCCGUAAGGACUUGACUCUCCGAAGUAGUCUCAUGGGAUCAAAGUUCAUCAAGCGCUCCUCGUCCGUCAUUUCCGACUCAGGUAUCGAAAGCGAGCCCAGUUCCGUCGCGUGGCCCGUAGAAUCUUUGCGAAUUGUUCAACCUUCGGACUUCUCCAGUGAACGAGAAAUUCCGCAACAGAUCGUUUCGAGACUUCCAAUCCAUCGGAGUUCUCUGGAAGGGCUCUUAAUGGAAAGCAAUGGGAGUAUCCCGAGUGCAGGCAUUCAGGCUUCGUUGAAUUCUAUCAGUUCAUUGCCGUAUGAGGAGGAUCCGCACAGGCAGCUAAGAAAAUUGACGAAAUCCAUGUCCGCACCGCAAAUAAAUAGUCCAGAAGAAAUCGUGGAUAAAAAUUUACCGUCAGGUGAAGUUAUUUGCUCCAAUAAGGAUCCAGAGCAAUCGGAUCAGUCACUUUUAGAUGGGCACAUGGAUAAUUCUAGUUUGGAUGUAUCAGUCAGUCAUUCAGAUCACCAGCAAACUACGACUAACUCAGAUUCAAAUGUCAAGGAGCAAUUGUCAUUACAAGAAUCCACAGAUGGCGCUAAAGAUCAGGCUAUUAACGUGGUAAAUUGGAGAACCAGAAGUGAAGGGAGUGCGUCAGUAGAAGAUGUGCAUCUUAUUGAAACGAAUGGAGCUUUAAACCAACUAAGAGCAGAGAAUACGGGUGUACAGAAGGACUAUAUUAGAACAAGAAACGAUCGCAAAAGCUUAAGCGAGUCUAAUUUGCUUGACGCUGAGUAUAAGGAGUCUAGCAGUGAGCAUAGACACAACAGCGCCACCACCCUGACACCAACAGAACUGACAGGGCUCAGUAAUGCCAAUGUCAAGUCAUCUCCGCAGCUAAAUGGUACUCUAACCGGAGAGAAGGGGCAUUUAGAUGGGCAAAACAAGGCCAAGAUCCCCAAUUCUGGCCUGGCGUUUGUGAAUAAGAAGAUGGUGGAGGUGGUUAACAUGUCCGUGUCCUGCGCGCCCACAUGCCUGCCCUUCUCCUCGGCUCUCAGAGAAUCGCCGUCCAUCAGUGGCAUGUCUGCUCGCCAAGCUACCUCACCAAUUACCCAUCAGCCCCUGGGCUCCUUCGGGAUCAUCUCGUCAAACUCAAUGAACCCGCUGAACAUGGAUGAGGAGACCAAUGAGCGAAUGCUGAAUUUCUACAAAGCCAAAGAGGGCCUGCUGAAUGAGCUGAGCUUCACGGGCGGCCUGUACAGUGACCUCCCCGAGCUGGCCUCUGAUCUGCCCUACUUCCCGCCUGAAGAGGACGACGAGGAGUUUGAGGAUGGCAUACAUUUGGUGGUGUGUGUCCAUGGGCUUGAUGGAAACAGCGCAGACUUACGACUGGUGAAGACUUUUAUUGAGUUAGGCCUGCCCGGCUCCAGGCUGGACUUCCUCAUGUCUGAGAGAAACCAGAGUGACACGUUUGCUGAUUUUGACACCAUGACGGACAGGCUGCUGGACGAGAUCAUACAGCACAUACAGCUGUACAACCUCACCAUUGGAAGGAUAAGCUUCAUCGGUCACUCUCUGGGGAACAUCAUCAUCCGCUCUGUACUCACCAGACCCAGGUUUCGCUGCUAUCUGCCCAAACUGCACACCUUCCUGUCUCUGUCCGGCCCACACUUAGGAACGCUCUACAACAACAGCACACUGGUCAGCACUGGCCUGUGGCUAAUGCAAAAGCUCAAAAAGUCUGGCUCCCUGCUGCAGCUCACCUUCCGAGAUCACGUGGACCCGCGGAAAACAUUCCUCUACCUGCUCAGCCAAAAACCAGGGCUCCAGUUUUUCAAGAACGUAGUGUUGGUGGCUUCUCCUCAGGACCGCUAUGUACCAUUCCACUCAGCCAGAAUAGAAAUGUGCAAGACGGCUCUCAAAGACAGGACCACAGGUCCUGUUUACACUGAGAUGAUCAACAACCUGCUGCAGCCGCUGGUGGAGGCCAAAGACUGCCAGCUUAUCAGACAGAACGUUUUCCACGCCCUCCCCAACACAGCCAACACUCUGAUCGGGCGCGCCGCACAUAUCGCCGUCCUGGACUCAGAGCUCUUUCUCGAGAAGUUCUUCUUAGUCGCAGGCCUCAACUACUUUAAAUAA